UCUCCCUCCCUCCCGUGUCCACAGUUUCUCUCUCUUCUCUUCUCUUCUCUCUCUCAGUCUCACUCUCCCAAUCCGCCUCGGCCCGAGCGCGCGCGCGCUUUCCCCCCCUCGCCGCCGGCGACGAGCUCGAGGCGGCGGUGCGCUCGCCUACCUCCGGAGGGCGGAGCGGGGGGAUGGAGCCCAUGAGCGUGGACGGCGGCGGGGGAUGCGGCGGCCUGGACACGCAGAUCGAGCAGCUGAUGCAGUGUCGCCCGCUCGCCGAGCAGGAGGUUAAAGCACUGUGCGAGAAGGCCAAGGAGAUAUUGAUGGAGGAAAGCAAUGUUCAGCCUGUCAAAAGCCCAGUAACGAUUUGUGGUGAUAUUCACGGACAAUUCCAUGAUCUUGUAGAACUUUUUCGGAUCGGUGGGAAGUGCCCAGAUACUAAUUAUUUAUUUAUGGGGGAUUAUGUGGAUCGUGGCUAUUACUCUGUUGAGACUGUUACUCUUUUGGUAGCGCUGAAGGUGCGUCACCCACAUCGGAUUACAAUCCUUCGCGGAAAUCACGAGAGCCGGCAGAUCACACAGGUUUAUGGAUUCUACGACGAAUGUUUACGAAAGUAUGGCAAUGCAAAUGUAUGGAAGAUAUUCACGGAUUUAUUUGACUAUUUUCCACUGACAGCACUGGUGGAAUCUGAAAUUUUCUGCCUGCAUGGUGGUUUAUCUCCAUCAAUUGAGAACCUUGAUAGUGUGCGUAGCUUAGAUCGUGUCCAAGAGGUUCCGCAUGAGGGACCAAUGUGUGAUCUUCUAUGGUCUGAUCCAGAUGACCGCUGUGGUUGGGGCAUAUCUCCUCGUGGUGCUGGCUACACUUUUGGGCAGGAUAUAUCCGAGCAAUUCAAUCACACCAACAAUCUCAAACUUGUAGCUCGGGCUCAUCAACUAGUUAUGGAAGGAUAUAAUUGGGCUCAUGAACAAAAAGUUGUUACUAUAUUCAGUGCUCCAAAUUAUUGUUACCGAUGUGGGAAUAUGGCAUCCAUUUUGGAAGUUGAUGACUGCAACAGCCAUACUUUUAUUCAGUUCGAACCAGCUCCUAGGAGAGGUGAGCCUGACGUGACACGGAGGACGCCCGAUUAUUUCCUUUGAGUUAAUGGUGCUACCAUUUGUCACCUUGUACUGCGAAUUUGCGAUAGUCAAAUGCUGGUCAGUGAUACUUUGCUGGACUGUGAAACCUGCGCAUAGGCCAACCAACAAUAACAAGGGAACAUCAGAUCCCUUCGUAAAACUUGACCCUCCAUUGGUCAAUGCAAGAGAUGCUGCUAUCCUGAAACAAAGUGUCAUGCUCAUGCAGCGAUGCCUGAGUUUUUCAGGUGAUAAAAAAGGCCCAUCCAUCCUCACCCUCUCCUUUUUAGGCAUUUUUACAGAGGAAAUCUAGUGGCAAGACUGAACUUCUAUUUGUAUUUUGUAGCGUAAGCUUGUAUCGAUAGUCUUGUAAUUUGUAUCAUCAAUGGCAAGGCAACCUAAUCAUCUUUCGGUGUAGUAUUCCGAAUUUUGGGGGUGGUUACCCUGAUGUGCUACAGUGCAGUGUUCCAUGGCACCUUUUUCUCUAGUUGGAUGUUUUUCUUCGCAUGUAUCUGACAUUCUGGUUUUCAAAUUUCGCACUACUCUACUAGUACUCCAUACUGUUCUAGACAUGUACUUGAUCAAAGCCAAAAACUUGGUCAACCGAUGUUCUCUCUGCUAAAUUAUAUUCUGAAUUAUGUGCA